GGCGUCUUCAUAUAAAUGCUGGCGGUGCUCGCAGCACAGGAUCACAUAGAUUUGAUCGUCAAAUCGACAGCCGUAAUAUACGAACCGCCGGCACGAAUCGUCAUCAUCAUGCAGUAUCUAAUUUUGGCCUUUGCAAUUUUUAGCUGCGUCUUCGGACAAUUCGGAUCUUUCCGCGGCUUUCCUAGCCAAAAUGCAUACAGAGCAACGCCAAGACCUUAUCAACCACAACCACAACCGCAACCGCAGCCGCACUAUACAUCUGGUGCAAAACCGUUUAUAGGCAUUCGUAGCCAGCAGAAAGAUACAUCGCCGGAUGGAUCUUAUACUUUUAGCUAUGAAACCGAGAAUGGAAUUUCAGUUUCCGAAACCGGACAUCCUCAAGCCGGACCUCAAGGUCAAACGGAGGUGGUUCAGGGCAGAUUUUCUUACCCUGCUCCUGACGGUACCCCUAUCACCAUCGAAUAUGUAGCCGACGAGAAUGGCUUUCACGCUCAGGGUGCCCACAUUCCUACACCACCUCCCAUUCCGGAAGCCAUCAGAAGGGCGCUUGCGGCGAACCCACCCGGACCGGAUGACGAAAAAUAUGACAAGUACGACCGGCAACCAUUUCAGCAGAGAUUCAGCGGACCGGCGUAUAACGCCAAUCCUUAUCGAAGAUUCUAAUUUUGCUGCACACCGUUCGAUCCGCAAAAUCUCUUCACGACGCACAGCCAAACGAAUCUACUAGACGGAGGCUCGGCUAGAUAGAUCGGUUUCUGAAUCAUCUUCUUUCCCCCAGCCUCUAAUCCGGAGUGAUACACGUGUACAUAGGAUAGAGUACGGUGGAUAUAACAACAGUAUCGACCCUUACAAUGUAACUGUCGUUGUGCAAUAAAUCAAUAUAUAUAUUGUUUCUA